AUGAAGAUAGAAAAAUUAUUAGAAGUGUCUGUGCUUAUAGGCUUGUCAUUUUUACAGGUGUCAAAACAGUCUACCCCAGAAGCUUUGCCCGGCCAAGACGUCGCAGAUUCUUUAGAUAUACUUUUAGACCCGGAGCAAGAACAGGAGCUGCUUAACGACUUGUCUCUGUCAACACAUCAGCUCGCAAAGUUUGAGGAGCUUCUGCAGAGUCAAGGCGAUUACAACGAGCUAGUCUCUGUGUGUGAGAAUUUGGAUUUUGGAAAUUUUAUGGAAAGUGAAAGUACCUCUCUUCCCACCCCGAUAAUUGAUUUUUCUGCCAUACAUACCAUGUAUGCAGAAAGCAUGGAUUCUGCAAAAGAAAAUUUAAAGGCGGAGCAAGCUACAAUGAGAGAGCCUGUUUUCAAUAGCACUGGUUUUACGAAGCAAGGCACGCCUUUCCCGGAAACCCAGCCGUCACCGAUGCCAGACUGCGGCAUGCCCCUGGAAGACCUACCGAAUAUUUCUGAGAUUCUCUCGACCUCAUUUGGCGGGGAAGUUCAAUCCUCCUCUUCCAAGUCUUCUGCGUGCAGUGAGGGCGAGCAGAAUCCUCAGACUUCUACCAGCCAAAAAAGCGUCAACAUCGAGGCCCUAGACAAAAUGUGUGUUUCUUCGGUGGUCAUUGAAACGCCCGAAGUCCAGAAAGCGAAGCAGGAUCAAGGCGAUUCUGCUUGCACCUCCUCCGAUGUAGCGUAUAGGAUCAGUGGCGAAGAGGUUUGCUCGAUUAUAACACGGGCCUGCAGCAAAAAAAGCAGAGAAAACACGUAUCUGUCGUUUAAGUAUCAACCCGAGAAAAAAUCAUACUGUCUUAUUAUUGAAACAGAUGACUUGAUCCAAAACUGGAUGUUUGACGAAAAAAACCUAACGGAGAAAAGCAAGGCAUACAUGAAUAUGUAUCGGAAAAAAACACUGUGCGACCAGUUUAUGUCGACCCAGGAGCAGCGCUUGGACGUGAAAAAACUUUCCAUUACGACUUUGGAAGCUGCAAAGAAAAAUAUAAAUCGCGCACACUCUGUGGGGUAUAAGAUUCUGCAGGACUUCACUUCGAACGACAGCAUCUGGAGAUUUUUGAUCGAGUUUCUGGGGCCCUCCAACAACGUAUACACAGACGUCCAAUUGCUGAGUGAGCUUAACAACACGCUUGAGUUUCCGAAAAGAAACCUCAUAGGGUACUACUUCAGCAUUUUUGCAGACCUCCAGAGAUACAUAGAAGCGACAACCCCCUCCAGGAUUUUGGUGGCUUCAUGCAGAAGCGACCUUCUGCCAAAAAACAGCACGCAAACGUUGGGGGACGUUUUUCUGUCCUCGCCGAUCCCGCGUGUGCAACUGAAAAAAACCAUGGAUGCAUAUUUGAAAUAUGAAGAUCCCCAAAAAGGCUUGUUCGGGGUUCUUUCUAUUCUGAGCCUUCCCGAGGUGUACUGCGAUUUUGAAAACAUACCCAGCGAUGUGUUUUCCAAGGUGCUGAACGGGUUUAUUUUCAAAAUUAAGGCACUGAAGGAUCCGAAAGAGCAAAAAUACCUGUAUGAGAAAACUCGCAUUCUGUGGUUUCUCUAUUCUGUGGUAAACAAAGACUCAAAAAUGAGUGCAUUGUGGAAGAGUCAACUGUUCGAGUGGCACAAUAAUUUUGUCCAGUCCCACUCGCAAUUUGGGAAUUCAUUUGGAAUAAUUUACAAGAAAGCAUACUCGGCAGUGGCGAUGUUUUAUGAGAAGUGCCCAAGCAUCAGCACACAAGAAAGCGGGGGAAACGACCAAAUAGAAAGCCCUGGUUACAAAGUUCAAGGAAUCAACGUGAUCGUAAAUCAGCUCUACAAAAAGAUUGCUAUGAGUGUGCAGCUGAACGCAUGCGGGGAGUUCGUCAUUAAAAAAAUGAAAUUCGUCGACCAGUACAACUGCUGGCAGGCGGAACCCCCAAAACUGCACACCCAUAUACACUUUGUGGAUAACUUCAAGCAGGAGUACAAGAUGGUGUGCUUUCCGCUGUUUAUACAGCCUGGAGCUCCUCCAUGCCCUAUGCACUGCGCGCGCGGAAUCUGCUGGUUUCUGAGCAAUCUGUACAGCAUCCCCAUAAAAGACAUAUACCCAAUGAAGCACUGCAAAGCCACAGACAUGUGGUGCCUUUUGCACGAGGAUGACAUGCAAAAGAGCAUGAAGGAGCAGCUCUUUGGCUGCGACAAUUCCGUGGUCUUUUACUACAUUUCAAACAGCAGCCCAGACCAGGAGUACACUUUUUCCGUGUUCCAAAAACAGUACAAUCCCAGAAUAACUGCUUCGGGACGAAUCCAGAUACCUCUUUUUCUCUCUCCUCUUAUGCAGAGCGCGCUUUCUCUGACCCACUUUGUUCAACACGGCAAGAGGCCGCCCUAUUCAAGAAAGCUUUCCGAAUUCACCCAGAACUAUGUGUUUCCAAGCGUCUACAUACCGAAGGUGGAGCUGUUCAAGAAAAAAAGAGAGGCAUACCAACGCCCGCGCGCGCCUUUUCUAACAUACUUCGGUGUCAGCAAGUACUAUGCAAACUUAUAUUUGUCCUGCGCAAAACCAACUGCACAGUGCCACAGCAUGCGCCUGCGCAUAUACAUGAUAAACCAGGGGGAAAACGAAUACAUAUUUACAUGGUGCAUUAAAAUGUGCGAAAACAAAAACGUCUACAGGCACUACUUCUUUGAAAGCACAGUCGCUGCCCAAUCAGAAUUUAAUUCCGAUCAAGUGGCGCAAUCAAUAGAGAAAAUUUGCCAGUUCUAUUACGAAUCCAGCCUCCACGCUCAUGUAUCUAUAUAUUCUUCUGAAAAAUCGAAGUCCAACCCCAUCUUGCUUCUAUCCCCAGCUGACUUUCAGUCAUUCUGCAGAAUCAACAAGACAUAUUGCUACAAAUCAAGCGUGCUGGUGGCCUUUAAAAGCAUACAGUACAUCAAGCCAGAGCUAAACGUGCACAACAAUCUGAUGCGCUUUUUGUUGUGCAAGCAAUAG